ACCCUCACUUUACAUGUGUUACAUGGGUGUUACAUGGGUAUUGCAUGUGUGUUACAUGUGUGUAAACCUGUUUUUCUUUCUCUCCUCAGUACCAGUAGGUCUGUCCUCCUGAGCAAUGUGAACACGGCCCAUGUGGUGUGCUGUCACCCUGAACAGGACCUGCUGCCCCUGGUGCUGUCCCACUGCUGUUACUCGCUGGCGGUGGGGGAGGGCACCAGGGUGGAGUACGACCUCCCCACGCUGGAGAGACAGCUGGUGGAACGCUUCGUCUUGGGAAAACCCAGGAUCAAUGAUGACUUUGAAAUAUUCAUCUUCAGACAAGAGACCAAGAAUGUUGCUAUGUACAAGAGCUUGAGAGACAAGAUUCCACAGGAGCCUCUAUCCAAAGCUGUGCAGAUGCAAAUCCUCCAAGAGCUGGGGACUCUCACCAAUGUUUGCUCCUCUCUGGCUGCUGUGGACAUUGCCUUGAUCUUCCUGGCAACUACUGGAGGAGACCCCAACACCCCUAUCAGGGAGUACUUACACCGGGUGUUGAAAAUGAAAGCGACGGCAGGCUUGCGCAGUAUGAAGGCCAACCAGCACUGCCGUCGCAAACACAUCCUGUCUCUAUGGCAACUGUUGGCCGUACAGCGAGCAAGAAUGUCCCUGGAAAAUGGUCAGGAUCCAUUUGAGGACAUGCCUCAGCAGUAUGCAGAGAAACUGGACAUGUCCGAAGUCAAGACUCUGAAGGAGGCCUUGAUACACAUCAAUGUUGACGCCCUUCUGGCUGAGCUGUAUGAAUUCAUCGCUGUUGCAGAAGAACAAACCAGGCACCCUGAUUGGGAUAUUCUGUCUACCCUGGAUGCUUACAUUGCUGCCAAGAACACUCCUAAAGUGGAGGGGCUGAAGGAACACUUCCCACCAACCAUCCUGCUGAAGCAUCUUUACUGUACAUGGAGGAUAGUGGCAGCGUACAGGCCACAUGAGGAUCGAGAGACGUCAAGGAGAGACACAAACACGUUCAGACGCUGAGAGACCAAAUUUACUGCAUGGGACAACAAAUUACUAGCAUCGUACUAAGAGCUAUUGCUGGAUCUAUAGAACUGAUUCAGAAAUUAUUUGUGCAACAGAUAUGUCAGAUUAUGAGCAACAAUUUUUUCUGCAAUGAUGCAACAUACAAGUGGUAUAUGAUGUAGAAAUUUAUGCAUGAUUUACAUGGAAUAUCAUAUAUGGAAUUGUAUUUGUUUGCUUGCUUGCUUUAAAAACCAGUAAUGUUACAUUAAACUUUGUAUGACUUCGUUAUAUGAUCUGAUUUGUUUGUUUUCCUUGUUAUUUUCAUUCUUUUGUUUUAAUCGUUAAUUUUUAUGUUAAUUAUCUAAUCAGUUUACUCUGUAACAGUUACCUGAAUUACACGUACAAGACUUUUGUUUAAUUUCUUUUAGUUAGUUUACACACUUCAGUUAUUAUUUCCAUGUCUUGAUUUUGUUUAAUUAAUCAAUUAUUUCAUUGUUUGAUUUUGAUGUUUAAUUCAAAUAUGUUUUGUCAUAAGUUACCUUUGUUUGGGGUAGGCCCUUUAAAAAACCACCUAGGUUUCUGACCUAUCCUGCAUAUUAUUUGAUGGUUAAUCAUUUGAUUGUGUAAUUUUUUUAAUAUACGGCGUGAAAAUGGUAAAUAAAUAAAUAAAUGGGAAAAAUUGAAAGAUGGUAGUAUCUAGAAGCGAAAAAAAUGUGAAUGGGUUGAAAUAAGGAUACAUGUAUGUCCUUAGGCCACACCAAUUUAAUUUGUUGGUUCUCGGAUUUUUU